AUGAGUAUUUUGUCGAAGGCCCCCUUAAUUUCCAAGUUUGUAAAAGUCACCCUAAAUGAUAUGAUUGUUGGCCGAAAACAUGUUUUUGGUAUUCAUCUAACUCCGCCACUUCAUCACUUCUGCACAAAUUCGGUAUCAAGUACUAAUGAACAGGAGCCCAUAAAGGAAAGCCCUCAUACAAAUAUCCGUAAAAAUUACAAAGGCAAGCUAUAUAAACAAGCCGAUUUAGCGACAAGUAUAGAAUAUUUUAAUUCUGAUGUAUUUAGAAAUACCUAUAAAGGAAAACCUGUAUGGUUUUACUACAGACGUAACUAUAAGGGACACUUCCCUUCGAGUAUAACAAGAAAGAAUUGUGUUCAUUUUGGAAAAUUCGUAAGCUCAAAUCCAUGCCCCAUUUGUCGUGAUGAAUAUUUAGUAUUAAAUCAUCGACACAUUGAACUGUUAAAACAGUUUAUCAAUCCGGAUACUUUAGAAAUCUUUCCAUUGUCUAAAACUGGUAUAUGCAGACAUCAGUAUAAGAUUUUACAACAUGAAGUUGAAAAAGCUCGUGAUUUAGGUUUAAUUCAAACAUGGUUGCCUUUCUACCUAUAUAAUUACCAUGAUUAUUAUGAUUAUUUACCAAAGGAUCAAUUAAAUGAAUUACUUAAAAUCAAUAACAGCCAACUUACACAUCAAGAUGCUGUUAUAUCGUCAAAUGAUAUUGCCUCCUUACCGUUGGAUAUACAAGAAAUAUUAAAAGCGAAUCAAUCUAUACCACAUACAGAGGAAUUCACCAUUCAAUUACCAGAGAUUAAUAUUGAUCGACCAAAGUUACGUGUAUUACAUAACAGUCUUCUUUCCAAAGAAGGAAAUUUAUAUCAACGGGCAAGAAAUUUAUGGACAUCAAUUAAUGAAGGUCAUGGACCACUGUAUUUUAUAGCUCCGCAAACACGUCUACGUGUAGUUGACAAUAGUCCAUGGAGUAGUAUUGCUCCCACAACCCAUAUAAACACUGGUAAAGAUCAACCAGUCAAGAAAGUUCCUAACAUUGAUCAAAAACUAUCAAAACCAGUUAAAGAUAUGAAUGAUGUGUCCAAUUUACUUUCAUUAGGUUCAAAAGUACUAUCAAUUAAACCGGCAAAAUGUAUUCGUGUUUAUAAUAAACGAAAUAAAGGAACUAUAGGUGAUAAAGUAUUGGUUGCUGUUAAUGGAGAAAUGAAAAAAGGUUGGAUUGUUGGUGCACGACUACCAUCUGUUAAUGGUUGGCCACGUUUUGACUCAAACAAUGUUGUGCUUAUUGAUAAUGAUGGCAAUCCACUAGGUACACGAAUACUUGUCCCAGUACCAGCGCGAUUACGAAGUUUAUCAGGGGAUAUAACGAAAAUUCUAUCGAUAGCUAGUUCAUUUGUAUGA